UGCACUGUGAAGUGUGAUGUAUUCAUUCACCUGAUUCACCACCAUUCACAAUUUAUUAUUUUCUUGAGAAUUGGAUUGUUUUUGUGUCGAUAUUCUUAUUUUGUGUCAUCUAGAAAAGUUCUUAAUUAUUAGUAAAAAAAUAAACAUUAUUAGUACUUAAAACGCUCGGACUAAGUGAGAGUGCUGUCUGGAAUAUAAAAAAGGGACGACCUUGCGUAAACUAUAACGUAUGUGUAUUUUUGUUGAACUGACCGUAUAUUGAAUUAUUGUUACAAUAUAUCAACACAGUCUGGAUGUUGUCGUAUAUCAUAAUUAGUAUAAAUUACAUGGAAAACGCAAGAGAUUAACUUUUUGACGAUAUUAUGUAUACAUUUGCGUGGGGUAAAGACCACCUGAGAAUCAGGCGAGUUACUGUGGAAAUAUGUUCGCCACAACUGGGAUGGUAGCGGCACCUCAACAGGCGGCUGGACAAGUCGCUCAAAAUGGAAGCACCACCUUGCCUCGAUCCCAUCACCAGAGAACAGGGAGGCCACCAGCAGCUCCUAAAUCAUAUGAUUAUCUUUUAAAAGUAUUGCUUGUUGGUGAUUCAGAUGUUGGUAAGCAAGAGAUAUUGCAGGAUUUGGAAGAUGGAUCAGCUGAUUCUCCAUUCUGUAGUGGAAGUGCAUAUAAAACCACAACAAUUUUGUUGGACGGUAAAAGAGUUAAACUUCAACUCUGGGACACUUCUGGUCAGGGUAGGUUCUGUACCAUAAUCCGUUCAUACUCAAGAGGGGCUCAAGGCAUCCUUCUGGUUUACGACAUCACAAAUAAAUGGUCAUUUGACAGUAUUGAUAGGUGGCUUGAAGAAGUUGAAAAGCACGCUCCUGGUGUACCAAAAGUAUUAGUCGGUAACCGCCUUCACCUCGCCUUCAAACGACAAGUGCAGGAACGUGACGCGGAACUGUACGCAGCCAAAAACCAUAUGGCGUUCUUCGAAGUGAGUCCGCUCUGCGACUUCAACAUACGGGAGAGCUUCUGCGAGCUGUCUCGUAUGGCGCUACAUCGCAAUGGCAUGGAGAGAUUGUGGAGGAGUAAUAAAGUGCUGAGCCUGCAGGAGCUGUGCUGCCGCGCGAUCGUGGCGCGCACGUCGGUGUACGGGCUGGAGCGCCUGCCGCUGCCCACGGCGCUCAAGUCGCACCUCAAGUCGUACGCCAUCUCGGCCGCGCCCAGCCGCCAGCGCGCGCGCGCGCACAAGCACGCGCACACGCGCCUCAACUGCACCGGCCGGAACUCCUGCGCCAUCGCGUGAGCGAGCCCGAGCCUCGCUUGGGAAUCGAAUCGACUGACGUCAACUCGCCACCUGUAUUUAUUUCACUUCAUUUCAAAAAUUAGAACGAUGUGCGUAGGUUUCGGUGCAUUGUCUGAAAUCUAAAUCAGUUUGAUUCGAAAAAGGUGUCUGUAUUAUUGUUUUCGUAACUGUUCGCUAAUGAUCAGUACCAUGCUUCAAAUAUGGAACGACUCUCUGACUGCCAUUGUAAUAUUGAAACGGUUUGAGCAAUGUUGCCCAUUCGUAGCACCGCUGUGUAGUCUACACGAUGCACGACGAUGUCCAAAUUGAAUUAUCCUAACACUACAUGCAGGCUGUAACUGACAACGGAUUUGUGAUUACGAUAAGAUUAGGAUAAGAUAUUGUUACUUAAAAUGAUUAUGUAAUGUGAACUUUGUGAAUAUAAGUGUUAUUUAAUUAUAACAAUAUGUGAAUAUUUUGUAGCGUGGCAAAUAGCCUAUAUUGUCCAUCUACUCGUAUAGACUUACCCUUAUAAUAUAUAUUGUAAUGUGGCUAGAGAUACUUUUAGUGCUAGUGCUCCCGUGAUACGUUUUAAUGACAUUCUAAUUCAAAAAUAAACCAGAUCAAGAAUAUCUAACUGAUAUUUCUCCGUACAUUUCAAUAACAUAUCUAUUCACGAGAAUCAAAUUAGUUUUGCAUGUGAACAUUUUGAAAAUAGCAAAUACUUAUAAUAUGCAUAAUCUAUUAUAACAGAUUUCUGAUUCGUACGAUAGAUUUCCAAUACAUUAUUUAGUACUCGUAAAGCUUAAAAGAGAAUACAGCUAUUUUUCAAAUUCUACUUUUUAUUAUAAUUAAUUAAUUGCCAUCAGCACAGAACAUUGAAUCCGGUAGGGAAUGAUAGACUCGGUGCGUUCUUGAGUUUUAAUUAUGCAAGUACAAUUUAAACAUUUAAUAUAUAAAUACUGGAUGUAACAAAGUAAAGUAUAAGCCACUUGUUGUCCAUUAUAUUAAGAAUAGUUUCGACGUAAGUUUUCACAAAUAUUUUGGUUACAUUUACAAAUACUUAUAAAAAAAAUAUUAGCGAAACUUUUUGCCAAAUUCUUGUCUUGAUGUAAAAUCGGCUAUUUUCUGAACAUUUAUCGAUUCGAGGAAUGAUUAGAUGUUAAAACGAGACAUGAAUUUAUUUUGUUGUAUUUUCAAAAACAAUACGGUUGUGUAUGUUUUAAUCACGUGACAAUACAUCGUUUAUUUUGCAUUUAUCAUUUCAACGGCAUGUUUAUAUAGAUUAGUAAAGGAUUGUAAAUAUGAGACCGAACAUUGGAACUGUGUCAUUAAAUGCAUGUUUGGUUCGAUCCGUCCCUAGAAGGUAACUGAGUAAUUAUUCCUAGUUCAACAUAACUAACCUUCGUUAGUAUCGACGCAGCUGUUCUUUACUAUUUCAUCGCAUUCUUCACUGACAGUAUUGAAUAUUACAUUUUUAGCCAUCGUAACUUUUACAGAACUCUUAUAAAAAAGUAGUGUUAUUCAUUUUGACAACUAUACUUACAUACAUAGGCAUGUUCGACAAACACAAAUAUUACUAAUGUUCAAAUAUUGGCUCUGAUUCGGUUGUACAUAAUUUCUAACUUAAUUUGACAUGACUUAUUGGAAAGUUUCAAGUAAAGUUGGUAAAGGCUUUUGUAUUCGACUCAUAUCGUUGUUUAAAACCAGGUUCAUUUUGUGAAUCAUGCUACGAACCACUGCUUUAAAUUAGUAGUAGGCUGACAAUUUACUUAACGGGACACAAUUAGCCAAAUAUAUCCGACUAAAACCGUACACCUGGUAACCCAAGUCUCUUAGUCAUGUCAACUUAGCUAAGAAAUUGUGUCCAACACAAUCGCCAGCGUAGAGUUAAUAAUUCAAAUAUUCGUAGUAACACAAUAAUUGUAAAAUCAAUUUAAUAAGAUUAAAAUUUUUGACUAAAUUUAAUAUUGAAUUAUAUUUACGACUGCUUUAUUUUUUACUUUUUACUAUAACACUAAUGACAACCAUAGAUAAUAGAAUGCUGAUCUUUGUCUAUCCAUCAACAAUAAAGUAGAUUGUAUUUUUUACACUUAUUGUGUUAAGCUGAUUUAGACAUAGUGUGAUUUCAAAUGAAAUAUGUAUAAAGUACCUUAUGUGUGAGAUGAACGAUUUUUUUAAUUUCUAGUAGUCUUAUGAUCAACAUAACGUUAUGAAACGUACAAAUAAAUUAGUAUUUACUGAUUUGUCCGAUGUUAUCUUUAAAACAAUUAAGUUCGUAUCCGUGAAAGCAAGCGAAGAAUGCGAAAUAAUUUAUUAUAAAAAAAUUAAACCACUUUAUUGUAUAUUGACAUUUAUUUCGUAGUAAAUGAAUGAUGUACUUCAUACAAUGUAACCAAAUGAAAUGUUUACAUGUUGAAAAGUGUAUUAGAAAAGAAUGGUUUGUAAACCUGAUCCAAAGUUUAAACCCAUUUUAGAUUAUUAUGUAAAUACAUUGACAUUGUAAUUAAUAUCCUUCUCUAACUUAAAUUUUUUUCUUAAAUUUUAUAGAAACGAGCCGAAGCUAACUUUUGUACAUAUUAUUUCCUUUAUUUUAGGCAACAUGUUAUAUGUGAUUGAUAUUUAGUACAUUAUUAUAUAAUCCAAAUAAACUAAUGCCAGCUAAAAGUUCGGUAAAUACAGUCAUUAUCACUACUAUUGUAAGUUGUGAAAUAAAACUAAUUUAAUAAUA